CAGCUGCACUGGGCCAGAUGAGGGAAUAGCCUUCACUUGUAGUCCAACGCUCACUCAUGUACUUUCUGAACAACUGUCCGCAAGUGAAGAGUUUGCUGUAAUUGCUUCCAAACAUAAUAUGACGCAUGCAUGCAUUAACGAUGUCCUCGAUUUCUGCCGGCGAAGAGGCAUCUCCGACCUUCCAAAAGAUUCUAGGACAGUUUUGAAAACUGAGCGCAAAGCACAGGUGGAGCAAAAUGGGUCAUUCGUGCACUUUGGUCUUGCAGAAGGAAUUCGUCAAGUGUUGCAGCCGGGGCAAGUAGUUCCAAGUGAACUGAAGCUACAGGGCAACAUUGACGGAGUCCCUCUUUACAAAAGUAGCCAGCUCGCCUUUUGGCCCAUUUUGUGCCGCAUAACAAAUGUGGAGGCAUCACCGCCAUUUGUUGUCAGUGUGUACUGUGGUGCAGGGAAGCCGCCAUGUCUGCAGGAUUAUCUAGAGCCAUUUUUGCAAGAGGUCUCCGACCUAAUCUCUGAGGGGAUAAGCAUAGGAGAUGUUCAUGUUCGGGUGAGCAUUGGAGCCAUGGUUUGCGAUGCUCCUGCAAGGAGCUAUGUCAAAUGUAUUGUUGGCCACACUGGCUAUUAUGCGUGCGAGCGAUGCAACCAAAAAGGGCAGCACCUUGAGAACAGGGUGACAUUUCCCAGACUUCAUGCAGCUGCACGGACGAAUGCAUCAUUUCGAUCUCAAGAGAACAAGCACCACCAUUCUGGUGUUUCACCAUUCCUUUCCCUUGACGUCGACAUGAUUGCAUUCUUCCCAUCUGAAUACAUGCAUCUCGUUUGCCUGGGAGUCAUGCGACGACUUUUAAGGAAUUGGGUAUGCCAAGGCCACAGUAACAGACUGAGCAGACUGUAUCGCAAUCAACUGAAUGAAAGCCUGCGAGAGGCAUCCAAGGCCUUUCCAACAUGUUUCCAGCGGAAACCAAGGGGUACAGAAGAGCUUGAUCGGUGGAAGGCAACAGAGUUUCGGACAUUCCUCCUUUAUGUGGGGCCUGUUGUCCUAAAGCCUCUUCUGCCUGCUUCUCAGUACAAGCAUUUUGUAAUGUUUCAUGUGGCGGUCAGAAUUUUAGCAUCGCCUCAGCACUACCGUGAGUACAAUGUUUUUGCCAAAGAUUUGCUAAGGUAUUUUGUUCAGGAGCUUAGUGAGCUAUACGGGAAAAAACAGCUCGUGUACAAUGUACACUCACUAAUUCAUCUUGCUGACCAGUGCCAAGACCAUGGCCCUUUAGAUGAGUUUAGUGCAUUCCCUUUCGAAAGCUACCUUGGACGAAUUAAAAAGUUGCUGCGAUCUUCCAACAAGCCACUUUCGCAGCUAAGUAGGAGAAUUUCUGAACUGAGGCACUCAUCCAGGAACCAAGUCAAGCAGAAACUGCAACAUGUGAAGCCUGGAGACUGCUUCCUGAUUGACAGUACUCCUGUGGUGGUUCUGGAGAUAAUGGCAGACCACUUCAAGGGUGGGAUUUUGCCAAAUGCCAGGGACUUUUUCAAACUUCCACUGAAGUCGUCUCAGUUGAAUAUCUGGCGCUGUAAUACGUUGAGUAACGAGAGAAAGGUCUGGCAUCUUGAUGACCUUCGGAACACAGCUCGGUGCCUGAGGCUAAACUACAAGCAAGGACAUGUUGUUAUUCCUCUUUUGCACUUUCACUGAA